GACAUUUGCUUAAUAUUUUUUUCGUCUGUCUAAGUUAUUUCUACCAGAGAGAUGUUUAAGUUUGAUCUAACAACGCAACAGGACCUCAAGGUUGUAGCAAAAGUUGAAAAGAGAAGACAAGUAGAAGAAACAAGGAAACGGAGAAUUUUUAAUCCACGGAUACGUCAAAUUGGGAUAGAUAGAGAAUUCCUGGACAAGCAAAUUAAAGAGAAGCAGAAGCUGCGUCAGCAUGAGCGAGAACGGGAAUGUCGAAUGGAUGAAGCUCUAGUGCGCAGCAGCCAGUUUGCAAUCAUGCUUGAGAAACAGCAGGAGGAGGAAAGGAAGGUAAUGGACAGACAGAUAAAUAAUUUCCGGCAAAUCUAUCAACGUCCACAAGAUCGUCGUGAUUAUGAUCUUUAUGAUCCUGAUCGAUUAAAAAAAACUAUUCCUGCUCGAAUAUCUGAUGAUGAUCCACGACUUGGCCCUGCAUCUGCACAAAAGUUUGACGGCGAGGACAUAAAAAGAAAAGCACGUCUGAAAGACCAAAAAGAGCAGAUGCAAUCGUGGCUGAUGCAGCAGGUGUACGAAAAACGAAAGAAUGAGCAGGAGCAACAGAAUGUUGAAGAAUCUUUUCAACAGCUUGUCAUUUCGCGAGAUAGACGCGCGAUUGAACUCGAAAGAAUUGAAGAAGAGUGUCGUCGACGCCUUAAUGAAGCCAAUGCUCAAUUCAAUCGUACUCUUGCAGAGGAGCAAGAGUAUCGUCGACGUUGUGAGGCUAUUAAAGAUGAAGAAGACAAGCGUGCUGAGAUUUAUAACCACGUAACUGGUGACUUCCUAACGGAAGCACGAGAACAAGCGGAAAGCAUUUGUGGACCUUACAAACCACUAACUGACCGCUACAAGGGCAUGUCAUCUGAUGAACUCAAGGUCAUUCAACACGAGCAAGCACGACAGAUGCAGGAAAUUCAAAGAAUGCGACAGGAAGAGAAACAUAAAAACGAGGAGUGGAAUCGAAUCAUGCUAGAAAAUAUGCAAAUAGCUGAAAAGUAUUAUGAAGAACUAAACCAAAAAGAUAGAGAAACGCGGAAACAAAUAGCAGCAGAAAAUUUACAAUUGGCUCAACAACAAAAAUCACGGCAAAAUUAUCUAAACACAAAAGUUUAUAAAUAUCAACCAAAAUCUGAAUUUUUUGAUAAAUUUAAUUCAUGUGCACGUUAAUGCAUCUUCUCUUCAA